UUGUGUAAACACACGAUAGAUGUCGCUGUAACUAUAAUGGUCUUGUGACUUGUCAUUUCACCGACACUGCAGAGAAGAUAACGGAUUAACCUUGUAAAGGUUAGUUUAUUGUGGAAACAGAAACAGUCUUUUACUACUUCAGAACACUUAGAAACCCAAAAAGUGUUAAAACCGACAAAAUGGCGCUCAGCGAUGCCGACGUACAAAAACAAAUCAAGCACAUGAUGGCUUUCAUUGAACAAGAAGCCAAUGAAAAAGCCGAAGAGAUUGAUGCCAAAGCCGAAGAAGAAUUUAAUAUUGAAAAGGGUCGACUUGUUCAGCAGCAGAGAGUUAAAAUUAUGGAGCUUUUUGAGAGAAAAGAAAAACAAGUCGAGCUACAAAAGAAAAUUCAGAGCAGUAAUUUAUUGAAUCAGGCAAGACUGCGAGUGUUGAAGGCGAGAGAAGAUCACAUCCGUGAUGUGCUUGAAGAAGCCAGACGAAGAUUAGGCCAAGUCACAAAAGAUACCAAUAAAUAUAGAGGUGUCUUGGAAGGUCUGAUCGCACAAGGCCUAUAUCAGUUGAUGGAACCCAAUGUUAUCGUACGUUGCCGCGAACAGGACUUGGAAUUAGUACGUGAAUGUACUCCCAGGGCAGCCCAGAAAUACAAGGAAGCCAUGAAGGGAAAAGAAGUCAAAGUGACAAUCGAUACAGAUAAUUACCUCAGUUCUAAUUGUUCUGGUGGAGUCGAAGUUGUGGCACAAGGUGGAAAAUUUCUUGUAGAAAAUACACUUGACAGUCGACUAUCACUGAUGAGCCAACAAAUGCUGCCUAAAAUGAGAGAAACACUUUUUGGUCGAAAUCCAAAUCGACGAUUUACUGAUUAAGAUCUAUCGCACAAUAGCUAGUGAUUGUACAUUCCAUGAUAUGGAAAAUGCAGUAUCAAAAUCUAAAUAUAUAACAUUAUUCUAGUUUUACUUAUUAUUAUUAAGUCCCAGUCAAAUAGAGUGCAUUUGAGAUAGAAUGGUAAAUUUUAAAAAUUGUUGACAGUGCUAGUAAUUAUAUUAUGUACCGGUCUGGUAGUGGUAAUUUAUAUAAUAUGUAUUCUUGUGUGUUGGUAGGUUUAGCCAAUGUCUAUAACUUUCGUAAUAUAAAUCUUAGCAUAAAAGUGUAUCUAUGUAUGUUAAUUGUAUGUAUAUAUAUAUAUAUAUAUUAUUGUAUUAAAUGUCUUAAGAACAAAAUCAAUCAUUUAUGUAUAGUAAUUUGAGAAAUUUGUAUAAAUUUGCUAAAGCAUUUACAUGUGAAUAUACAAGAUUGCGCUUAGAGCAUGCGAUAUGGAUGGAGUGAGUACAAUCAUAAAUGUACAUUGUUAUUGUUAGGUCAGGUCCAUCAUAUUAUUUUUCUAUCAAGAAUCUUGCUCUUGUCAAGAGUAUUCUUAAAGUUGAUGUUAAAUUUUGCACAAAGAAAAAACUGAAAAGUCUGUAAAAUAGAUAGGUAUUGACAUAGCUGGUUGGCUGAAAUUUGGUGUGAGGCCAUCAUUAGUCAUUUUAAACAACCCCAGAAAUAUUAAUGUCCCUAGGAGUGUAGGGUAUACGAAAGUAGAAACGGAAAAUUCAAGGUAUAAAGCUGUCGAGCAAGAGGUUGAAAAUGUUAAGAUUGAGAAAGCCCAAAUCACUUAAGGACAAUUGGUGCAAGCAUUCAUUAGUUACAUUUUGUCAUUUGUAGACAUCAAAAAGAGACUUUGCUCAAAAAAACAUAUGGUGGCCUGCAGCCUGUUAAUUUCAAGAUAUUGUUAUAGAAGAUGUUAAUAGUAUUAAGAAUUGUGAUAAGAUUUCAACCUUCUAAAUGUCUUGUCAUAAACUGCAGUACCCACAAAAAUGCAUUUGUGGCUAAACAGUUUUGUAAAAUCUAUCAAUUAUUAAUAUUUCCACAAGGGAUAUUUUUAGUUGACGGUACACUUAAUUUUAGGUCAGGAUAUAUUUAGUGAUAAUAAUACAAUUUAUGUUGAACAUAUUUUGUUUUCCUAGUAACCAAGUUAUGUGUAUAAUAUACAUAUAUAGGUAAAAGUACAUGUGAAUGCCUUGAUAAUGUGAAGUAAAUAUUUGAAUUAAAUUGGCACUGUUUCAAAAAACACAAUCAUGCUGGUUGGUACUAAAGUUAUUUAUCUCUUCCAGAAUUAUAAACUAAAUGUUAUUUAAAUUUUUGUUGAUUUUUUUUUUUUUUUAAUGUCUUACGAUAUUAGAAUUCUAGUCAUCAGGAUUUGUACAGCAUGAAAGCAAUGAAGUAAAGGUAAUAGAUGAUAUUGCUUGAUAAAGAUUAGAGAAAAUUAGUUGAAAGUCAUUGGAUUUCAUAGAAUUGUGUCUUGUAUAGCCUAUAAAGUUUUGAUUAGCUAUUUGUAUGAUCCAAGAAGCCAUGCUAGCUUGUUAACAAAUAUACAGAAAUUCUGUACAUGUAGAUUUUUGAAAUUAGAUAUCUAUAAAAGUAAGACGGAAAUGAUCCGAACAUACGUGUAGAUAUAAAAAUUUGUUAGUACCGGUAGUAAAAUUUAAAAUAAAUUUAAAAAAAAAAC